UUUUUUCUGUCUGGCUGUCGCUGAAAAGUGUAUGGGGAGUCUGGGCACUCUCUCUGAUCCGUGAUUGGAGAUUUCAGGGGAACAAGGAAUUCCAUUCACCCUCUCCCAUUCACAGCGCUCACAGCUAGAAAGCAGCGCCUCCGACACCCAACAACGGGACUGCUCCAGACUCUUGAGGACGUCAGUAGACAUCAACUGAAUGGAAAGACCAGACUGUCGAUGUUGACCAUGACACCUGCUGUCGGAAAAAAUCUGCCUUCCACACGGCAACAACAGGAAGCAUUAUCGGUAGUCAGUGAAGACCAGUCCUUAUUUGAGUGUACCUACGGAACGCCACACCUAGCCAAGACGGAAAUGACAGCGUCUUCAUCAAGUGACUAUGGACAGACUUCAAAGAUCAGCCCACGUGUUCCUCAGCAAGAGUGGUUAUCACAGCCACCGGCCAGAGUGAACAUCAAGAUGGAGUACAAUCCUAAUCAGGUCAAUGGAUCCAGAAACUCACCAGAACACUGCAGUAUAGCCAAAGCGGGCAAGAUGGUCAACAGCUCGGAGAGUGUUCCUAUGAGCUACAGCAACUACAUGGAGGAGAAGCACGUACCACCUCCCAACAUGACCACUAAUGAGCGGAGAGUGAUUGUACCAGCAGAUCCCACACUGUGGUCCACAGAUCACGUGAAGCAAUGGCUGGAGUGGGCAGUGAAGGAGUACGGCUUGAUCGAUGUGGAUGUGCCGCUCUUUCAGAACGUGGAAGGCAAGGAGCUCUGCAAAAUGACCAAGGAGGAUUUUCUGCGCCUCACCCCAAGCUACAAUGCGGACAUCCUCCUCUCACACCUGCAGUACCUCAGAGAGAUGUUCCUCAGGUUUUCCUCUCCUGCCUGUGGCCAAGGAAAUAGCCAUCACCGAAAAGCACCACUUCCUCAUUUGACCUCAGAUGAUGUCGAUAAAGCCUUGCAAAACUCACCGCGUCUGAUGCACGCCAGAAACACAGGGGGUGCAACAUUCAUUUUUCCAAAUCCAUCCGUUUAUCCUGAACCAACCCAAAGACUGACAGUGAGACCCGAUUUGCCUUAUGAUGCAACGCGACGAACCGGGUGGGGAGGUCACGCUGGAGUUCCGCCAAAGGGAACCCCUUCCACAAAUGUGACCAAAGUUGAAGACCAGCCCCGGCAACCAAUAGCAGAUCCUUAUCAGAUUCUUGGACCAACCAGCAGCAGACUUGCAAACCCAGGGAGUGGUCAGAUUCAGCUGUGGCAGUUCUUGCUGGAGCUUCUAUCCGACAGCUCCAACGCCAACUGCAUCACCUGGGAAGGGACCAACGGAGAGUUCAAGAUGACGGACCCAGAUGAAGUGGCAAGACGUUGGGGGGAGAGGAAGAGCAAGCCCAACAUGAACUAUGACAAGCUGAGCAGGGCCUUGCGUUACUACUACGACAAGAACAUCAUGACCAAAGUCCAUGGCAAGCGCUAUGCCUACAAGUUUGACUUCCAUGGCAUCGCACAAGCCUUGCAGCCCCACCCCCCCGAGUCUUCAGUGUACAAGUACCCGACGGAUAUCUCGUACAUGAGCUCCUAUCACGCACAUCAGCCAAAGAUGAAUUUUGUGGCUUCCCAUCCACCGGCUCUACCUGUGACAUCGUCCAGUUUCUUCGCAGCACCAGGUCCAUACUGGAAUUCUCCGACUGGAAGCAUCUACCCAAACGCCAGGCAUCCUGCCACCCACAUGCCACCCCAUCUUGGCACCUACUAUUGAACAAAGCCCAUAUUCUCGAUAAAGACUAGGGUUACUGCUCUGGGAAUGCAACACUGUGUUACUAACUAUGGACUUUUAAAAUUGGAGAACCCCCCCCCCCCCCCCAAAAAAAAAAGUUUAGACUGUACAUGAACAUACUGAAGAUGAGAUAAGUCUCGAAUACUGGAAGAGAUUAAACCGUGUGUUGACAAAUUGAGAAAAAAAAUAACUUGAUAUCUGUCUGUGGGAGACUGGAGUUGGGUUACUGGAAGGGCACUAUUUUGUAACGGGCAUUGGAAAUGAGAACAAAAGAAUUAAGGAUCGAGAAACUGGUCACCUUUGGCUAUCAGGAAGAAAUGAGUGUUGCAUGAAUGCAAUACUGUGAUUAUGGAAUUUAAGAAUCAAAGAUCAACACACAGCGAGAGUAAACAAAAGUCAAAAUUAUAUAAAUGUAGGAUCUACCGACGAGAGACUUGAAAUGUAACAUCGUGGAUGUUCUUCAGUAGUUAAACUCUUGCUCUGAAAUGAAAUAUUUAUACCUUCUGGAAUUUAUUUGUUAACAGGAUUUAUCAUUCUAAGUAUAUUAAAAUCAAAUAUUGCGGAAGAUAUCUCCGAAACCCGGGAGACUGUUGGACAAAAACUGCAAUGAUUUGGUACAAUGAUUUCUUACUUUGCAUAGUUUGAGCCAAACAUUUGGAUUUUGAGUAUGUGCAGAAGGCUUUGUGAUGGAUUGGUAAUUAGACGAAGGUAAUGAAGCAGGAGAAUAGUUAGUUGGAGAGGAAUGAACUGGUGUGUGCGUGUGUGUGUGUGGUUUCUUUUGCAAAUGGACAUGCAAACACAAGACAAUGUCAAUUGGAUGUAAAAAGGUUUCUCCAAAGAAGUUACCAAAAAACAGGAUAAUUUUCAUAGUCGUGAAUAGGAAGGGGAAAUAUAAGAAGGAGAAAUCAAAAACGGAAAUCUGGAGCCAAAACACUUCCUCAUAUAAUGGAUUUUUUAAAACAAAUCUCUAAGAAUUGGAAAACUGGGAUUGUCUGGAAUUAUAACAUUUUGAAAGCAAUCGGGAUUUUGUGAAUGUGCUUGAUGUAAAACUGAUCGGGACCUGAAACUUGGGGUUCUAACAUUUUUAUACCUGCACAUUUGGGCUGGGGAAAAAGCCCAUUAUCAAACCUGAGGAGAUUUCAAUGCAUUUUUUUUAAACCUAGGCGGUCGCCAGUUGUGAAGAGUCGCGAACGCUGUGCGUUUGUAAGAAAUAAGUAUUCAAAUCAAGGUUAUUUGCAUUUUAUAUUGUAAACUUAUUAUGUAACUUAUGCAUUUAUAUAUUCCUUUGUUUUCUGACACUACGAGUUGACCUCGGCCAACCAUGAACACCAAAAUAGUUUUAAAAAAACCAUAAAAACGGAAGAAAAAAAAGAAAAGAAAAAAAAAAAUGCGCGAUUAAAUGUUACAGCCUUGAUUUAUAACUCUUUUUAAUGAAAUAUGCUUUAUGUUUACAUAUGAAACUCUUAGCACAUAGGAUGCAAAUUAUAUAUGUAUUAAAAUAAGCCUGGCUUUCA